UUUCUAGAUUUUCAUUAAUUUCAGGUUCAAAAUGGCCUCGAGUAGUUCAUUUCUUUUCUCAUUCAGACACCUUAAUCUAAUAGUCAGAAACCAACACAAUAUUAUUUCCCGACCCAUAUUUACUUUUGGAACUCGGAGUUCUCAAACCUUAAAUGUUCCUGGUUCCUACAGAUGUUUUAGUUUACUCAUCAAACCUAACCAGGUUCCACGUUUUUCUAUUCUCUCCCAAGGGGUUCACACCGAAAAAGGAGAGAAAAGUAAACUUUCCCUAGCCGACGAGAUUCUCUCCGCUAGGGUUGCAGAAACCAAGAAAUCUGAAGAGAAGAGCGAAGGGAAACCCCAAGAACCUAUGCCGAGAUGGCAAAAGUAUGGAUAUAUCUUCCUCGGAGUAUUGAUGGGCGGUAGUCUAAUCGGUAAUGCGGUUUUAUUCUCUCUCCCUGAUCAGGAUGAACACGGUAAUAAUGUUGAGGACGAGUUUUCAAACCUCACCUUCCCCUCCCAGUACUAUCAUAGACUCAAGAACAAGAUCUUCACCACCAAGAAGUUAAUAGAGGAACCGUUUAGUGAUAAAUUGCUCCCUGAUCCACUGGAACCUCCAUACUAUCAACCAAAAUACACAAUUGUUUUAGAACUAACCGGCCUGUUGGUUCACUCAACCUGGUCUCAUAAACACGGAUGGAGGUUUCAGAAAAGACCAGGACUUGACAUGUUCCUAUCUCAGAUAGGAUAUCCCAACUUCGAGGUGGUUGUCUGGACUGUGGAGAACAGUAUGACCUUCUACCCAAUAAUACUUGGCAUGGAUCCCCAGCAGCAGUACAUUAUGUACAAGUUGUACAGAGACGCGACUAGAUACGUGAACGGUGUACAUCUUAAAGAUCUCUCUAGUCUUAACAGAGAUCUGAGGAAGGUUAUUGUUAUAGACUGGAACAAGGAUCAUGUUCAGUCGAACCCUGACAAUGCACUGAUCCUGGAGAAAUGGGACGGAGAUAACACGGACAGGAACCUGAUCGGUUUAGCUCAGCUGCUGCAUGAGAUCAAGGACAGUGGUCUAGAGGAUGUUAGGGACGUGUUGACCUACUACAGACAGUUUAAAGAUCCUAUUGCAGCCUUCAGGGAGAAUCAGCGAAAACUUGAAGAAGAAUUAAGGUUGGAAGAAGAGAGAAAACUUAAGGAGAAAGAAACUUCAAGAUUUUCAUCGUUUCCUGGAAUUUCAGCAUUUUCGAAAUUCCGCCGAUAAAUUGUUAAAGAGAGUAGAAAUAAUUUCGAGUAAUCGCAGCGAGGAAUGUUUAUCUCCGAUAUUCGGUGGUGAACUGUACAAGGUCUGCGGAAUGAUGAAAAUAUUGGUUUGGCGCCAAAUUAAACUAUUGAAUAUUUCUUGAUUUCAGAA